UCAGAGCGCGGCUCCCAGCACGUGGAGGAGAGGGAAUCAAGAGCCAAGCUAUUGCGGCUCAGGCGCUACACUUGUUCCCAGUGUCCUGGGCAGGAAGAGGGGCGACUUUGCCGGCGCUGCUGCCGUUGCCUGGUGGGGGGAGGGGUGCCAGCCCAGCCCGGAGCCCGGAGCCCACACGCGCCGCCACCCGGAGCCCGGCCAGGCGCGGGAGGGGCCAGCAAGCCCAAGCCAUGAGCAACCAAUACCAAGAGGAGAGCUGCUCCGACAGGCCCGAAUGCAAAAGUAAAUCGCCAACUUUGCUCUCGUCCUACUGCAUCGACAGCAUCCUGGGCCGGAGGAGCCCGUGCAAGAUGCGGCUGCUGGGAGCGGCGCCCAGCCUCGCUCCGCUGGCCGGCAGGAUCGAGCAGGACAAGGCCGGCCAAGGACCGGCCAAGGGCAGCCCGGCGGGCUUCGAGGCUGCCGAGUUGCACCUGCCGCCCAAGCUGCGCCGCCUCUACGGGCCCGGCGGGGGCCGGCUGCUGGCGAGGGCCGAGCGGGUAGAGGCGGGCGCCUCGUCCUGGGACUCGCUCAAGAUCAGCCAGGCGCCGCAGGUCAGCAUCAGCCGCAGCAAGUCGUACCGGGAAAACGCGCCCUUCCCGCGGGCCGCUGCCGCCCUCGACGAGCUGUCCAGCGGAGGAGGAGGAGGCGGCGGCGGCGGCGGCCUCGACGGCAGGCCCGGCCGAGACGACGAGUUGCUGGAUGACGAGGACGACGAGGAUGACGACGACGACGAGGAGGAAGAGGCCGAGGAGCUGGACGAGGAGCUGGAGGACGACGAGGAGCUGCUGGCCGAGGCCAAGGAGGCCCGGCGGGCCGCUGGGGGCCCCGUCGGCGUCGUCGGGGGACCUGGCGCGGCGCCGGGGACGGAGGGCGCCGGCGGCUGCUCUCCCAAGGAGGAGCUGCUGCUGCCCGUCGACGAGCUGGUGGAGGGCAAGGACGGCGAGGACAGCGUGUGCCUGUCGGCCGGCAGCGACUCCGAGGAGGGGCUGCUCAAGAGGAAGCAGCGCCGCUACCGCACCACCUUCACCAGCUACCAGCUGGAGGAGCUCGAGAGGGCCUUCCAGAAGACGCACUACCCGGACGUCUUCACCAGGGAGGAGCUGGCGAUGCGCCUGGAUCUGACCGAAGCCAGAGUGCAGGUCUGGUUCCAGAACCGGAGAGCCAAAUGGCGGAAGAGGGAAAAGGCCGGCGCCCAGAGCCACCCGCCCGGCCUGCCUUUCCCUGGGCCCCUGUCGGCGUCUCACCCGCUCAGUCCCUACCUUGAUGCUAGUCCUUUCCCUCCUCACCACCCAGCUCUCGACUCCGCCUGGACGGCCGCCGCCGCAGCCGCUGCAGCCGCCGCCGCCUUCCCCAGCCUGCCGCCUCCUCCUCCCGGCUCGGCAGCUCUGCCCCCCGGCGGGACCCCGCUAGGCCUCAGCACUUUCCUGGGAGCGGCCGUGUUCCGACACCCGGCCUUCAUCAGCCCCGCCUUCGGCAGGCUCUUCUCCACCAUGGCCCCGCUGACGAGCGCGUCCACCGCGGCCGCCCUGCUGCGCCAGCCGGCCCCGAGCGUGGAGAGCGCCGUGCAGUCGGGCGGCCUCUCGGAUCCGGCCACGGCGGCAGCGGACCGGCGGGCCUCCAGCAUCGCGGCGCUGCGGUUGAAGGCCAAGGAGCACGCGGCGCAGUUGACGCAGCUCAACAUCCUCCCCGGGAACAGCACGGGCAAAGAGGUGUGCUAAGCAGCCCCGACGGGGCGGGGCGAGGCCGGCCAGAGAUCGCCUGGCGAGGAGCGAAACCCAAGACCAAAACGGGAGAGCGAGAAGCAGACAGACACAUACAAAGAGAGACCGAGGAUCCGCGGCGGAGAGCUUCUCCUCCGGUUCGGUACUCGGAGCAAGCCAGGCUCCUGCUUUUCAUGCUUCCCUCGGGCCAUUCAGCAGAAGCUCCUUGGCUGGGACUACCCCACGCACCCGCCACCCCUUCCCCAAUGUCAUUCCGUUUCUUGAACACCCAAGUACAUCCCACGGAGGAGAAAGGAGAGAGGACCUUUCGGAGCGGGGCGCGUGGGCAGGUACGACGUGGCGGCGCAGCCCACGCCCCUCUCUCUCCCUUCGCCACAUCUAGUCAUGUCACCCUGGGCCGAUCUUAAGAGGAGCUUUGGGAGGACGUCGAAACCAAGGAUGCUGCUUGGGCCAGGCCAAAAGGAAGCCAAUGAUGCGAUGCUGUGUUAAAACGAACCGGUGCACUUAAUAAGGCAAAAGGGGAGCGGGGUGGGAUCGGGGAGAGAGUCUGGUCUUUUUCUUUUCUUUCUUUCUUUCUUUCUUUCUUUCUUUCUUUCUUUCUUUCUUUCUUUUUUGUCUGUGUGUGGAGGGGUCCUCCUAUCAUCACACCAACCAAGGGUUUUAUAGCAAACCAAAGGGAAAAAUAACAGUGCUAGAAUAUGGACUGUUUUAAAAAAAGAAGUCACUAAACUGUGAUGCUCUGUACAUACCAUUGUUAUUAAAAAAAAUAAGAAAAAGCAAAAAAAGAAAAAAGAAACACAGCAACCCAGAGCUUUGUAUAUUUGAAAUGUUAUAUAACAAUUGCACUCCGUGUAGUGUUUGUACAAGUUUGUCAUUUCUGUAGAUUCUUACUGUGUUGUAGAUAUCAUAGGGUCCCUAGACAAAUAUUUAUGUACAAACCCUUUAUUUAACUUAUUAACUGUAGAGGUUCCUGAAACCAGAGAGAGAGAGAAAGGGAAAGCGAGUCGAAAAGAGAGAGAGACAGGGCGUCGGUACAGUGCUUUUGUGUAAUGUUGUUAUUGCUCUCACUUUCCCUUGCGACCAAGUGGAAAAGUGUCACCCAUAGAAAAUAAAAUAUAUAUAUAUACAUUUAUGAAGAAUUUGAAAAGAUACCUGGAGAUGCAGCGUCAUUGGAAGUAAAUUGUGCUUCAUCACCAAGGUGGGGGAGGGCUAGGGUACCAAGGACUUGAUUGAACUCUCCAGCUUUACAGAUAUUUGUCUGACAGAUGCCUAAAAAAAUAUGUAAACGGAAAAAAUGAAAAGAUUUUAUUACUUUCA